UCCACAGACUUUGGACAUGGGGAGUAAAAUGUCCUUCAGCAGAGGAAGCAGUGACCGAAAUACCGUCUCUGACCUAACGUCUGUGACAGCUCGUCCGUGCAGUUCCAUUCAUGCUCCUUCGGACUGCAAGCAGAUACCUGAGGAUAAGAGAUGCAGGGAUGAAGACCUGGACUCCAGUUGGAGAGAGGAAAUGAAGGCGACAGAGCCGAGUCAAACUGCCCCUGAGUCCCACUCAUCGUGGACUCUGGAGUCUGACGGCCACGUUCACUCUGAAACAGGCAGCAGAGCUAAUAGUCAGCAGGCUGCGGACAUGCCCUCACAGGUAGGGAUGGAAGCAAUGGCUGCUGCGAUCGUGUGCAGCUCAACAACAGACACUCACAAACAGACUGUGGAGGUCUGCAAAAAACACAGGCGCGCCCGUAAAAUUAAAACGCGGUUGACUGCGGCGGACAAAAACAAUCCACAUACUGCUGGUGUUGAUGCAGUUCAGCACGAGGAGAUCAGCACGACAAUACCAUUGCCAGCAAGUUUGGAAAACCACACCAGUGGUGAUGUGCCUCACACUGUAGACAAUCCCUUAAUCAAUUAUUCUGCUCCUCAUACUGUCUGUGAUGGUAAAGUAGAAGACGAUGUGCCUGUGUUGAGAAAGAGAAGAGGACGGCCAAAAAGAGCCCAAAUUACAGCUUUUAAAAACAUCUUUACUGAGGAAGCUGAGGACAAUACCCCUGGCGGUCCUGCAAGGAGGCUGAGGAGUAGAGGAGAGGGGGAGCCUUGCACGCAAGAUGAACUUACUGGAUCUGAUGCAUCAAAUUUACAAGCUGUUAAAAGAAGAAGGAGUAAACUGGCUGAUCAGCAGGUUCCAGCUAAACUGUCCAGACUGGAGGGUUCCCAGGAGGUCUCGGCAGUAAUGGGCAACAACACUGUGCCUGUGUGGCUGUGUGGGGGGAGAGCGGAGACAAAUAAGCAGGUGGAACUUAACACUGACAAACAACAGACUGAAGCAGACACACGGGAACAUCAGUUCUCCCCGCAGUCAAGAACAGGAGAGCAACAGACAGAGCAAAAAGCUGUAGCAGUACCGCAAAGGAGACUGCGUUCCCAGGCUGCAGCUGAGCCUGAAGUUAUUCCCUCAAAGGAUUUACACAGUCUGAAUAAUAUAGUGGGCAUCACUGACAGUGGCAAGGCUUACUCACUGAGCAGUCCUGACUCUCCAAAGGACACAAACCUGCAGAGUACAGAGCUGUCCAGCCCUGAUGUUGUAUUGUCUACAGAGCAAUCACCAAAACUUGUCGGCAGCCGCCCUGCUGUUAAAACUGAGAACAUAGAGGCGGAGCUGGAUCAUUUAAAUCUUGUGUCAGAGCCAAACAGCCCUAAAUCUUCACAACACAGUGCCCCCACCACACUUAAAUCCAAGGGUCCGAACAGUCAGCAAAACAUGUUAAGGCGCAAGAGAGGCGGAAAGAGGAGGAGGAGAGUAAGUAACGUGUUGAUAAAGAGCGAGCAAGUCGUUGAGGGCCAUGAAGGCAGCACCGACACCCAACUCACAGAAGACUGUGCAGACGUGGAUAAGGAGGCCAAGUUAGAGGAUGACGCAAAUGUCAUCUACAUUAAAAGAGGAGGCAAAACUCUGAUGAAGUGCGGCUACUGUGGUCGUGUAUUUAAAUUUCAGUCCCAGUUCGUCAUCCAUCAACGGAUUCACACGGGAGAGAGACCGUUCAAGUGUUCCGAGUGUGGCAAAGGUUUUACCAAAAAUUCCAACUUAAAUCUGCAUCUCAAGACCCACAGAAAGAGCAACAUUUACCAAAAAUGCCCAUUUUGCAAGAUCAAAUUCUCCUGCUCAGAGUACACGUCUCAUAUGGAGAUGCACGCACAAGAGCUGGCCCAGGAAUCCGAGAAUGAAAAAUCUGAAAUAAAGAGCAGAGGGGUUGACCAUGAAAAUGGCCAGGCACCUCAGACACCAGUUUCCCCGGGGAAGAAACAAAGGAAAGUGUGUCAGUACUGUGGUAAAACGUUCCCCUUCCAGUCCGCGCUUGUAAGACAUGUGCGUGUCCACACGGGGGAGAAGCCUUAUAAGUGUGAUAUAUGUGCCAAAGCUUUCGGUCAGGCUUAUUUCCUCCGCGUUCACGAGCUCACGCACUGGUCUGUGAAGCGUUACAACUGCACACUCUGUGAAAAAUCAUUCACUCAUUACAGCAAUGCAAAAAAUCACACGUGUCGACCCACGGGAGGAAACGACGACUCAGAACCCAACAGACGUGCAAGGUCUUCACUGACGUACACGUGCCACAUCUGCAAGAAUAUUUUUGACCAUUUGCAGGAGUUCAACAGUCACAUGAAAGCCCACACUGGUGCCAAGCUUUACCGCUGCUUGUUUUGUGACAAGCUGUUUGGUGUAAUGUCUGAAUUUAACACCCAUCGCAACCAGUGCAGAGAGAGAAACGCCUCCAGGUCUGGUGUAAAGGAGGAAGACAGAAUGUCCCUGAUACAGUACACAGUGCCUGCUCUGAGGUGUUCGUCAGCACACUACUCGGUUUCUCCCAUCACUGCUGCAAUAUGCGGAACACGGACAAAACGACCACAGACGAUCCACAAGAAACGCGUCGCUGACCGAAAGAAACCGUUCCAGUCAGUCGUACCGGCCCACCAGCUCUCGCACCUCGUGUCCAAGUUAAACGAACUGGACAACCGAUCCGACCCCAGGAAAUAUCUGUGUCCGAGCUGCGGGCGACAGUUCAGACACAUGGGCAGACUCCGAGCCCACAUGCUCACGCACGCCCCGGGUCAGAGGUACACCUGUACCUGCUGCGGUAAGACGCUACAAAACUGGAGAAAACUGUGGCGUCACCAGCGAAUCCACAGACAGAGACACGGCCGCUUCACUUGUCCUCAGUGCGGGCGAGGCUUUCGGUUUGCAGAGCCUUACAAGAAACACAUGAGCGAGCACCAGGAGUUCCAGUGGGUUCAGUUCAGGCCUAAGAAAGUGUUUCUGCCUUAUCAAUGUGAGCAAUGCAGGUGCAGCUUUAAGACUCUGGACUUGCUGUUCAGUCACCAGCUUUGCCAUUCAGCAUCGCAAGACACGCACAAGGACGCUGCUUUUGAUGUAUACGAUUUAUCAGAUGAACAUAGUCCACAAGCAAACAAGAAAACGUUUGCCCCUUCUACUAACGACUAUAUUGCAACGGUACAUGAACUUGAGGACAGCUUUUCUCCUCUGGGAACCUCUUUCAAGUAUCCAGAUCCACUUCCUCCAGAAUCACAUCUAGUGCCCGUGAUUUCUCUUGUCGAAAAUCCGGGUGUAGAUUCGGGUGAAGCGUCCCCGUGUCCCAGCACCAUGCACUCAAUCCAAGACAGAGAAACCAGCCAUGACAGACAAGAUGGAAAUCCACUUGGAAAACACAUUACACCGUUUAGAACUGUGAAAAGAUGCACGGCCCAAAAUGCCAGCAAAUCAAAUGAUGGGUCUUCAGAUGGUAUUCAGUGCGCUGUGUGUGGUAAGGCCUAUCCUGCCAUUUCAGACCUUUAUCAGCACUAUUUACAGCAUGCUAGAGGCCAGGUGUAAGACCAUGCAUACAAAGAUGCAAUUCCUCGUACUAUUUGUUAAUACAGUGGAAAAAAAACAAAAUAUGGCACUUAAAUACCUGGAAACUAUUUUAAACUAAUCAUAUGACAAGUUUCCAUUUUGAAGAUAUGCACUGAGGGCCUGAUCUACUAAAAGUUUAGUGUAAAAACGUGUGUAAACUUUAUUUUACCCACAAAAGAGACUGCAAGCUGGUCUGCCAACGAUGCGCACUGAGGAUUGCAUUUAGAAUAACACACACUCUCCAUUUAGUACGUUUGCCUUAAUGAAUAUGCAGUAUCAGGCAUUUCUACCUGAGUGAGCAAAAUAUUAUGAUAAUUUAGCACACACACUGUGAUUAACAAAGCCUGAAAAUAAUUGCGGCGAUUGUGACGGCGUCUACAUUUAGGGCCUGACCUACUAAGCUCCCAAAUAAGCAGUGCUUAAUUGCGUGUGAUUAUAACAGACUGCAAAUUCGGUUGGUGGGCGUAUUGCCGGUGAUCUACUAAACAUAAUUGCGUAAAUGAUAACAGGUGCAAACAUGUUAGAGGCAGUAGGGCUGCUCUAUUAUCGAAAAAAUCAUAAUCACGAUUAUUUAUGGACAAUAUCAAAAUCACCAUUAUUUAAACGAUUAUUAAUAUGUGCCCUUAUUCUGAAGUCUAUGCUUUAUUUUUUUUAAUCACUUCCAGUUCCGGUAAAUACCGAUGUCGGCUGCGUGUCUUAUUCAUCCGUGAAACCAGGAUAUCGGUGCCCGGUUAUUCAAACCCUUAAUGAUGGCAACCCUAACACUCUAUGACCGACUGACCGGCGCGGAGAAAUGCGGGUCCGGUCUGACCCAUAGAUAUGGUCGGACCGGUCUGAACAGCCAGGCGGGAGCGCGCUUGAGAAUAGUGGUGUGCGGCGCGGCCGCUACAUGGUCUGCUGCUGCCCUCCCUGCUUUUCCACUCGCGCUGUUUUUUUCACAGCCGGUCACCACACACACAACUCGCCUCCUUCACCUUCACUUUACAGCUGCUUGAGAGUGAGAGCCAGUCAGCUGGGCCGCUGAAUGCUUUGGAGGAAGGACUGAAUUGCGCAUGCGCGUCUCUUCCAAAUAAUCGUUUCAACUCGAUUAUAGUAGUUUAGAGAUCGUUUGACCCCAUAAUCGUAAUCACGAUUUAAUUUUGAUUAAUCGAGCAGCACUAAGAGGCAGUAUUAUUUAGAUUAGGGUUUUUCUCGAGUUACUGGUUUCCGCCCUGGAUCAUUACGGGAGCAGAUUGAACGAAAGUGCAAAGCGAACUUGAAUGCCAUGGAAUGGGAGGUGUUAGUGGAUGAGACAAACAAACGUGUUGCUGAGCUACAGCAAAGAAAUGUUAAUAUAACUCAAGGAAAUGCGAAUAAAGAAAAUGCUGUGGGUGAAACAUACACCGCGUUCCACAUUAUUAUGCAAAUUACACUUUGCUCAGAUUUUCCUAAAUAGUAAUGCACAGCCAGUCAGUAUAAUUUUCAAGUCAUCAACUGUUAGAGUAUAAUUCAAAUUUUAUUGAACAAACCUCCCAAUGAUAACAGUAUUUUUUUCAAAAAUGAAAAACUCAAAAUGGAGUGUUGCAAAUUAUUAUGCAGAGUUUCUGAGUUUCAAAGUUUCAAGAUAUUUUAUAGGUUGUAAAGAACUAAAAAUUGUCAUUUGUUGAAUUUGCAGCAUUAAGAGGUCAUACUUACUGAAAUCAAAAAAAGUUUUAAUCAAAAACAUCUUAACAGGUCAAGUUACAUGUUAACAUAGGACCCCUUCUUUGAUAUCACCUUCACAAUUCUUGCAUCCAUUGAACUUGUGAGUUCUUUGAUAGUUUCUGGUUUAAUGUCUUUGCAGGAUGCCAUAAUAGCCUCCCAGAGCACCUGCUUGGAUGUGAACUGCCUUCCACCCACAUAGAUAUUUUGCUUGAUGAUGCUCCAAAAGUUCUCAAUAGGGUUAAGGUCAGGGGAAGAUGGGUGCCACACCAUGAGUUUCUCUCCUUUUAUGCCCAUAGCACCCAAUGCCCCAGAGGUAUUCUUUGCAGCAUGAGAUGGUGCAUUGUCAUGCAUGAAUAUGAUUUUGCUUCGGAAGGCACGGUUCUUCUUUUUGUACCACGGAAGAAAGUGGUCAGUUAGAAACUCUACGUACUUUGCCGAGGUCAUUUUCACACCGUCAGGGACCCUGAAGGGGCCUACCAGCUCUCUCCCCAUGAUUCCGGCCCAAAACAUGACUCCGCCACCUCCUUGUUGACAUCUCAGCCUUGUUGGGACAUGGUGGCCAUUCACCAACCAUCCUCUACUCCAUCCAUCAGGACCAUCAAGGGUUGCACGGCACUCAUCCGUAAACAAAAUAGUUUGGAAGUUAGUCUUCAUGUAGUCCUGAGCCCACUGCAACCUUUUUUGCUUGUGAGCUUGGUUUAGGGGUGGCCGAAUAACAGGUUUAAGGACACUUGCAAACCUCUUGAGCAUCCUACAUCUUGAAGUUCGCGAGACUCCAGAGGCACCAGCGGCUUCAAACACCUGUUUGCUGCUAUUCAAUGGCAUUUUAGUGGCUGCUCUCUUAACCCUACGCAUUUGUUUGGCAGAAAUCUUCCUUAUUUUGCCUUUGUCUGAACGAACCCACUUGUGCUGUGAAUCAGUGACAAAUUUCUUCACCGUCUGAUGAUCACGCGCAAUUCUUUUGGAAAUAUCCAAUGUUGUGAUACCUUGACCAAGGUAUUGCACUAUUUGCUGCUUUUCAGCAGCAGAGAGAUCCUUUUUCUUCCCCAUUUUGCCUGAAACAUGUAGCUUGCUUAAUAAUGUGGAACAUCCUUCUUAAGUAUUUUUCCUUUGAUUGGGCUCACCUGGAAAACUAAUUAUCACAGGUGUCUGAGAUUGAUUUCAAUCAUCCAAAUAGCCCUGAGACACAAUACCUUCCAUGAGUUUAAUUCAAAAACUAAAAAAUGAAUGUUUAUGACCCUUAAAUCCAAUUUGCAUAAUAAUGUGGAACGCGGUGUAAAGAAUAACCGAUGAAAUUACGAUAGAGUACAGGAAAGAUAACAGGAAAUAAGAAGAUAACAUGAAAUAAGAAGAGCAAAAGAUAAAAAAGCUCAUCAUAAAACCUCGUCAAAUAAAACGAUAUAACUCCUUCCAUGCUGUCUCCUCCUCACCACAAUUACUGCAGCCAUCUGUGCUCAUCGCUGUGCCGAUUAGCACCUACCUUUCAAACUAAUUCAAUAUAGACUCAUUCACAAUAGGCCAAAUUAUUUUCUGCCUUUGGUUAAUCACAAUGCGUGUGUAAAAUUAAAUUAUUUGAAUCUAUUCCUCCCAAUGCUAAUCGGCACAGUGUCACUCUUUAUUUGGGAUCUUAGUAGAUCAGGCCCUGAAUGUACCAUAGAAGAAUGAGACUACAUUUUCAACUUGACACUGAAGCCACUACGCUUACUUUGGUUUUUCUUUUCUUUGAAAGAAGCAUCCCUUCAUUCAUGCGAUUGGCUAAAUAACAUUUCAACAGGAAUUAUAACAUUUGUGAAUGUCCGAACAUAAAACCUCAGUAAAAAAAAUAGUUCAAGCACUUUGAAUUUGUGUAUUAUCUUGUUGCCCUGACUCAUUGUACCAACUUUUUUAUUUUCACUCCCAAGUCAGUUUGCAAACCACCACUGACCAGAUUUCAGACUGAAUCUAUUUAUAAACUCCUUGAGUUUCUUUAAUUAAAAGUUGUUGUAACUGCAAAAUCAAGUUUUUCAUGAAGUUAUUCAAUAUUAUGAGCAAUCAUUUGAAUGGUCCAUUUAAUUUCAAAUUCAUUUCAUCAAUUUACCGACAAAUUUACUUCUGAAGAUUUAAUAUCAAUUUUCUGAUCUGUAAGUCAAACUGUAGCUAAAAUGUUUCAGAGAGCACGUUUAACCAAUUCCAAAUGAGUUUUCCUGUUGAGGGACAUGCGGCUGCUUUUGUGUUAACAUUUUUAAUGUCAGUGUCGCACUCAUCAUGCGCAUGUUUGUCAAAGGGUUUGUGAUGCUGUGGAUUUGUGAUGUGUUGGCUGAAAUCAAAUGAUGCUAAAUUUCUAUUACAAACCUUCCACACUUUCAGCACCAAGUUCUGUCAAACAGCCAUUGUUCUUCACUACUGCUUUUUCAUGCUUAUAUGUUGUAUAUAGUUUAUCUACAGUUUGUCUUAAAAACAUUAAAGGUCACUUUUGUAUUAA